CAAAAUGGUGGUUAAACUUUCUGUACAUCGCUAUGAGUCUAUAACUCGUGUCAUACGAAUCUUUUCAUCUAUGUGCGGUGCCGAUGUCCUUGAUCCUAAAUAUCGGGUUAAUUUACUUACCUGGAUCGUUUUGACAUUCAUCAAUACGUUCUUUUGCUGCACAACCUAUACCAUGUAUAUAAAUGUGUACGUAGAUCGCGAUUUAACAAAAGUACUACAAACCCUGUGUCUGGUGGGUAGUGCACUGCAGGGCUACGUAAAGCUGGUGAAUGCUAUUUGGAAUCAACACAAUCUGCGUUUCUUGACCGAGGAACUGCAUCGUAUCUACGCCGAAUAUGAUGAGAAACAAGCCCAUUAUCGUCGAAAAUUGAGCAAAAGUGUCAAUUUGGUUGUGAAGGUUAUCAAAUUUGUUUUCUUUUCGUAUUUUAUUAACGUCUCUCUCUUUCUUAUGGCGGUUCCUGUCUACGGCAUCAUAUACAAAGAGAAAAUUUUCAUUAUGCAAAUGUUCAUUCCGGGACUGGACCAUACCACCGAUUUUGGUUAUUAUUUACUAAUUUCUAUCCAAUUGAUUCUUAUGUUGUUCGGAGGCUUUGGCACCUUUGCUGCCGAUACCUUUUUGAUUAAUUUCAUCACUCAUGUCCCCAUGUUGAAGGAUAUCUUGAGAUGUAAAUUUGAGGAUCUUAAUGAGGCAUUGGACGAUGAGAAUAAGGAGAGAACGAAAAAGUAUAAGGCAAUACUGCGAGAUAUACUUCAGUGGCAUCAAAAGUACAUGUUAUUCAUCACCAUUAUUAAGGACACCUACUUCUGGGUUAUACUGGUACAGAUGACUACUGUGGGUUUGAACAUUGCAUCCACUCUAUUUGUCGUAAUAUCUGCAAAGUGGCCCAGCGGUCCACCCUAUAUGAUAUUUUGUUUUUGCACUCUAUACAUAUAUUGUGGUCUAGGCACCGUGGUCGAAAAUGCGAAUGAAGAUGUCAUUUACUCCAGCUACACUGAUGUCAAUUGGUAUCACCUGCCUCCUUCGGAGAAAAAAAUGUUAGGCAUGAUGUUAAUGAUGGCCCAAAAUACUUCUGGACUAACAGUGGGUGUAGUUGUGCCUCUGUCCGUAAGUACAGGACUGCAGUUGACAAAGGCCAUUUACACCUGGAGCAUGAUGUUGAUUAACUUUAUCGAUUAAAUUUAUAUUUUGAUUGUUUUAACAAUGCAGUGGUGUUAGUAAGCAAUUUGUGUAGAUGCAUAUAUGCAGAAUGCAAAUGUAUUUUCAAUAAUUAAACUAAAUUAUAUAUAUGCACAUACAGCAGAAGUAGAGCACAGAUGCAUGUAGAGCAGAAGUAGAGCACGGAAAUAAAUAAGUUAUCAAUAAAUAUAAUCUAUUGAUUUUGUGGAGAUAGGCCGCCUCAG